UCUCCAGUCAUACGGUCCUGUACUGAGCGCAGUCUGCCCUCGGUCUCUACGGACGCUCCUCUGUCUGGAUAUCGCAGCCGGUUUCUUUUUUCUGUCUCUGGAUUAUAUUCUUCUGAUGGUUUUCAACUCCAACUCGAUGCAUAGAAAUGGGUAAACUGCACUCGAAACAUGCCGCUAUUUGUAAACCGAGGGAGAGUCCAGAAGGCGACAGUUUUGUAGUCAAUGCCUGUUUGGCGAGAAAGGGAAUCGACGACUGGCUUGUGAAGCAGAAAUACUAUUGCACGAGCUCUCGCCUCGAGCAACAGGACUGUCACCACAAGAAUAACUGCGGUUUGACUACACGGGACUCCGUGCAUGAGGCAUGUGCAGAGAGGAUCGGUGAUGAACACUACCGCUUAGAAGUGGCUUUACCCCCAGAGAAGACAGACAGCUGCUGUGUGGAGGAGAAGAUGCAGGAGAGGGACAGCCAAUCUCCCGCAGGGCCACAGAAACAGCUCCAGUUUGAAGAGUUGGAGUGCGCUGUGUCUGUGGAGGAGGAUAAUCGGCAGGAGUGGACCUUCACCCUCUACGACUUUGACAACAAUGGCAAAGUCACCAGAGAGGAUAUCACCAGCCUGCUUCACACCAUCUAUGAGGUCGUGGACGCCUCUGUCAACCAUUCUCCCAGCAGCAGCAAGACACUGAGGGUCAAGCUCUCGGUGGCUCCUGACUCCAGCCAGCGGUGGAGGAGUUGCACGCAGGGUGCAGCAGACAUGUCCCACCCCAGAGAGAAAAAUGACAAGUGCAUAGAAGACCCCAAGAGUGCAGACAAGAAGACUCGUGCGCUGCUAAGGCGCCACCACAGUGACCACCACACCCAGCCGGGCUGCCAGCGCCACUGUGUGGAUGAGAACCUGGAACGCAGGAACCACUACUUGGACCUGGCAGGCAUCGAAAACUACACAUCCCGCUUCGGAGCCGCCCCCACCACAGAGCCAACGAAGGCAGAGCCUCAGACCCGCUCAUCCAAUCAGACUCGUUCUCGCUCCCAUGAACCAGAAAAUGGCCACUCCCAUUCCCACCAUCGCCGCUUGCAGACUGUCGUGGACACUGUUGCUCCAGACAGCCUCCAACCUGCUCGUACGCGAGGAGCCCAGGACUCAGGGAAACACGCCCUCCGUUCUCCUAAGACCCACAGCCGCACGCCUCCUGCACAGAUCAGCAGCAGAGUGAUGAGAAGCCGAGGUGCCCCUCCUCCCCCGGCGCUACCCAGCCAAACCCCCCCUCACCAGUCCGCAGCCCCCUACCGUAAGCACAAGCAGCGGUCCAAGGAGAGCCAGGGCUACAGGGCCUUAGGCUCUCUGGCUCCAGGACCAGUGGUGGAGAAGGAGCAGGUGAGGGACCUGCCCAGCGUGCUGUUGUACGAAGGGGGGCUGGGGCAAAUGGUGCAGCGGCAUGAGCAUCACCACCACCAUGAACACCACCACCACUACCACCACUUUUACCAGUCCUGAAUUUCCACCCUGUCGGGGACUCAGCUCAGCACUCCUGCAGCACCGCAGAACUCAGACCCUUCCUCCUCAACCACCAGGCCACCCUACAUUGUGCAGUACUGCAGUGCCUUUGUAAUGGACACAGGACAUGGGCAGGAGGGGAGGAUCAUGGAAUGGGGUAUCCCAGUGCUGAGAGGUUAUUAAUCAGUGUUAUAAAGAGGUUGGUCAGACAAACAAAAGCUCGGGUAUGCAGCAGGACAGUGUGUCAGGGCCACAGCAGGACCAGGACUGAGGAUCACAGCUAAGGCUGGAGAGGAGGCACAGAGGGACGAUUUGAUAAGGUCCUCUUGCCAUCGACCCUGUAAUCCUCUACCUGAUGAACUCUAAGGCUCCGAAUCAGCACCACAACCCUUCCAGACCACUAAGCCAAAAGGUUUUUAAGGAAAAGGAGGGAUGAGAGGAAGAAAGACUGUGAUGUAAAGAUGAAAAUAUAUGAAGGAAUAUAGUUGAUAGCAGAGCAGGGCAUAGUAUGUGUGUGUGUGUGUGUGCGCGCGCGUGUGUCUGUGUAAAACAGCGUGUGAAUGUGUGGGCGUAGCAAGAGCGUGUGCAUAUGCGAGUGUCACGACACUGGUGUCUGUUGAAAACCACUUGAAGUGCGCUCCUGGGUGCGUGAGUAUUUAAAGCAGGCUGUCAGGCAGGUUUUUGAAGAUGAAAAUGAAGAUUCUGAUUCAAGCACGCAAUGCCCCGUAAGCAAAAAUGGGUUGGAAAAUGUCGACAUGUUAUAAAGUUAAAAAGAACAGAGAUCCCAAAUCCGCUGCUACCUCUAAUUUUAUCCUAAUUGUUGUUGUGAUGGUGACUUUGACUGAGCGUUCAGAGGUUAUUUUCAAAUUAUUUCGAAACUUUUUUGAAAGAAGAAAAAUCGUGUCAUAAUCCGCAGUACUGAAGUGUCAAAAGCUCCUUACUUUUAUUAACUAACAUUUGCUGUACAUAAGGUAUAUAUUGUUAUCAAUUUUAUAAGCUUUAUUGAUAAUGUGAUAUCUUUGUAUUCACUAUCUGAAGCUUUUUAUGUUUGUUUUCCUUCACAACCACAUUUUAUAAGACCACUAGGAGCCUCAUUUUGACUAGAAAAAGUCAGUCUCACACUCUGUUUCUGCCUCAGUUUCAACUUUCUCACCAUGUCAUCAGAUAUGGAAGUGUGAUCUGGUAAUGAUGCCUGAUUGACUAAAAUCCCAACUCUCAACAGUGCUGUUCAGGAACUCCACCUCACGACACAUACAAGUGCUUUAUAGAACGCAUGCUUGACUGACCUACACUCUGAUAUCAUGGAAACAGAAAGAACAAGGAAUUGUUUUGAGAUUCAUGGCUGUAGUGUAUUAAACACAUCAAAUUAAGGUCAUUUUUAAAAUUUAAAGGUCCAGUGUGUCAAAUGGACUUAGGUGGAUACAUUGACAGAAAUACAGUGUAAUUAAACAAGUGUAUUUUUUUGUGUAGAAUGACCUGAAAAUAAGAAUCUGCCGUUGAGAACGA